AGAGACGCUGUGCAAAUCGACCGAGUGCGUCACGUGAGAUCCACGUUGUGGUCCAUUGUAGGCACUAUGCCGGAGCUGCCUCGGACAGUCUGCCUAUGAUCCAAAAUGAUUCUUGAAUGGGACCUUGUGCGAGAGCGACGCAUCGUUGGUGAAGCGUGGACCUGGAGGUGACUUUGCUCACGUGACCGCUGUCGGGGAAUUCUCGGCAGCUUUCAUUCGAGAUUUUGGCUUGCGACCGCGACCGCGACAGACAGGACAGCCAACAGUCGCGUUGGGCUCAUACUGCACUUCCCUUCACGAUAAUAGCAACAACAUCAACAACAUGCUUUGUGCAAUCUCUGGCGAAGCGCCUCAAGAGCCAGUUGCCAGUCGCAAAAGUGGCAAUGUCUUCGAAAAACGCUUGAUCCAAGCUUACAUCUCCGAGCACGGCACCGAUCCAGUCAAUGGAGAAGAUCUCACAGUGGAGGACCUGGUGGAUCUCAAGCAGCCGCGCACCGUGAAGCCUCGACCGCCGACUCUUACCUCGAUCCCAGCUCUAUUAUCGACCUUUCAGAAUGAGUGGGAUGCCAUCAUUCUCGAGGCAUAUCAGCUGAAGCAACAGCUUGCCGAGACGAGGCAGGAACUGAGUACGGCACUCUACUACAAUGACGCUGCGCAACGAGUAAUUGCGCGACUGCAGAAGGAGCGAGAUGAAGCACGAGACGCGCUAUCGAGAGUCUCCGUCAGUGGCACUUCAAAUGGGACGAAUGGGACGAGUGGCGACGCCAUGCAGGUUGACAACCAGCCUCUUUCCGGCAAUGCUGUGAUGAAGGUCACGGAAACACAGGAGCGUCUUUCAGGUACGCGCAAGCAACGUGUUGUACCACAGGACUGGGCGACGGGAGAACAGUUGGAGAGCUUCGAUGUCACAACUUCAGUCGAUACUCAGUUCACAGGAGCGAAGCACCUGUCUACAGACGCGACUGGAGAUUUCUUCUUGACUGGUGACUCGGACGGAACCAUGGGCAUCUUCGACCUCGCGGCGGGAGCAUUCACGACGAGGAGCAACCUAGGUGCAGGGGCCAUUCUCAGCGGUGCGUGGGCCAACGAUAAGCAAGCUGUAUCUACGGCCAACGGCACGGUUGUGGUAGCGCAGGAAGGUGCCAUACAAGGAAAGUUCCAGCAGCACGCAGGCGCUGCCACAGCCCUUGCGACUCAUCCCAGCGGGGAGUUGUUGGCUUCCGCUGGGUACGACAAGAGCUAUAUUGUCUACGACCUCAGCACAAUGCAUGUGCUGACACAGGUGUUUGGGGACAUCGAGCUCACGAGCAUCGCCUUCCACCCAGACGGCCACCUGCUCGCAGUGGGAGGUGCUGAUGGUUCGCUCAGGCUCUAUGAUGUGAAGAGCUCACAAUUAGCACACACUUUCCCAUCACCAGCUGGAGCGAGCCCCGUAGUCGCCAUCGCAUUUUCGGAGAACGGUACCUGGCUCGCAUCUGCCAACGCCGGGCAGACCGCGCUUACGGUCUGGGACCUCCGAAAGCUCAAAGCGCUCCGCACAAUCGAUGUGGGAACUGCCGUUACUGGCCUCUCUUGGGACUUUACAGGUCAAUUCCUGGCAGCCAGUGGACCAGGAGGCGUUACCGUGUCGCACUAUACAAAGAGCAGCAAGACAUGGAGUACGCCUUUGAGCAAAGCUCUGAAUGCGGUAGACGUGAAAUGGGGAUCCAAGGCAUCGAGUCUGGUAGCGCUUACAGACAGUGCUAUCGUCGUUCUCCGAGCAUAGGUAGACGCCUUUGGGAAAAGCUGCUCAGCAGUCAGCGAUCCAUCUCAUAGCAUCGCGCCAAUGAAGAUGUUCUCGUUGUAUAUUCGAGAAAUAGGCGUUGAUCAUAGCGUUUGUAGCAUAGUAGUAUUCUCGGAGUCAAAAAAGCCCGUCGGCACUUGCCUGUAGA